GCCUUUCCAGUCCGUGAUUGCGAAAUUUUCUAAAAAUAUUUUCACUCGUGUAAUACAUUAGUCUCCUUCCCAGGUACUCGGACCGAAAUCCCCAACGCAUGCCGCUCGAGUCAAAGUCAAUACUUUUUAAAAGAAAAACUUGAAACAUUCCUCCCACUCCGUCUCUAACCCAGUGAGGAAUUCGUGAAAGUGAUACUAAGAUUUUUAAGGAAUUUCCUGUUGAUACUCAAAGGAAGGGUCAAGUUAUGAGCGGUGCUAAGUUACAGCGGUGUCUUAAUUUACAGGUCGUUUUUGAGCACGUUAGAUCUGUUUUGACCAUUCUGUGUCCAAAAAUGUCGUCGAGAAGCUGUGGUUUAUCAGUGAGCCCUGGCACAGUGUUGUCUGUGGUUUGUUUGCUUCUUUACUACGCUAGUUUCAUUAGAAUCGAGCGGAAGUUUAAUGAUCUCGAUCAAAGGUUGAUGGCUGUGGAGGAAGUCAUUUCUCAGAUGAAACACGGAAUGGCGGACACUUGGAAUAAAGAAACUUCACCUCUUCAUUCUGAACAGAAAGAGGCAAACAGUGAAACAAAGCUCCAUAGAAUCACACGUAGCAUUGCCAACAAUCCAAAGUUUAAUAAUUCAGCUAACAUGAAAGAAGUUUUUGAAGACGUUGUCACCUCGAGUUUCAAAAAGAUCUGUCAGAAGAGUGGAAGCCUUGAUGUUUGCCCGCGAGGACUGCCGGGACCUCCGGGAAGGAGAGGAAGAAAAGGUCCCCAAGGAAUCAUGGGACCGCCGGGUCCAGGUGGAAAGCAAGGAAUUAUGGGACCACCGGGCAUAAGAGGAGAAAAAGGAAUUAAAGGAGAUAUCGGGCCACCGGGUAUCCCAGGGAUUAAAGGUGAACCCGGAGAAUCAAUUUCUGCACCAAAGGUGACAAUUUCUCCGGCUUCGCAACUGACUGUUAACGAAAGCAACACUGCUGCUCUGUUUUGCUCUGCUAGUGGAAAUCCCGCUCCCCAGCUAUCUUGGGUUAGGGUUGAUGGAUCGUUACCUAGUAACAGGAUCAAGGUGACGUCAGAUGGCCUGAUGCAGAUUGAUGACGUUCGCUUAGAGGAUGCUGGGGAAUACAAAUGCAUGGCGCGCAAUAUUCUGGGAAAGGAUGAAAACGCUGCGAGCCUUGUUGUACAAAGUGAGCCAAAAGUUUCUCUCUCGUUUGGACCAUCCUACGUCGAAAAGAACAAGGACUUCACUUUACCAACUUGUCACGUGACUAGCUAUCCUCCAGCGGUAAUCACGUGGUCUAAAGUACUACGUAACACAGUAACACGAUUACCUUUUUUAAUUGCUUUUUUGUCUUUUGUUUUCGUUUGUGGUUCAGAAUGUGGGCCUGUUGGUGUAGAAGACAGGAACACAAUACCAGAUGCCAGAAUGACGGCAAGCACAAAUUUUGAUAGUUAUACGUAUCCAUACUAUGGUCGGCUGAAUGAGCACAGGGGAGAUGGAGCGUGGUGUACAAACACAACAACAGACAGAACAGACUAUCUUCAAGUUGAUAUGAGUGCAGUACGGUCUGUUUGUGCUGUGGCAACACAAGGAGAAAGAGUAGGCCCUUUCUGGACCACCAGCUACAAAGUGCACCUUUCUACAGAUGGAGUAACAUGGAACAGCUACAAGGAAAACAAUGCUGAAAAGGUGACUAAGAUAAUAUUUACUUCAUACUUACUUAGAGUUUCGGAUAGAAUUGAUCGCAUGAAAUCCCAUGCGGAAAUUUCUUCAUCCAAUCACAAUGGCGAAACGACUUUCUUACACGUGGAAAAAGCGUUUCAUCAAAUCAGAAAUCAGACCCGACGCGACCUUAGCGUGUUUGCAGGAAACACGGAUCAAAAUAGUAUCGUGAAACACUCACUCAGUCCUGACGUUAAUUACAUGUAUAAAGCAAGAUUCGUUAGAUUUUAUCCCGUCUCGCAUGAUGGCCAUCCUUGUUUGAGAGUUGAGAUAUUUGUACUAAAGUAGUCACACCGGUUCUAUUCGCCAUGAAAUAACCGGUAAAAGAAUGAACAACCAAACGAGCACAAAGCAAACAAAUGCUCAGCAGAACAAAAAGGCAGCCAAGAGUGCAGUAAACAUCUGUACAACGAAACGUCUUUUGAAAACCAAAACAUAUAAAAGUACUUUUCACCACAUUUCCCGCCAUUUCGUGUCAGGUAAUUGCGAAAAAGUCGUUUGGGCCGUACACGCAUCGUGCGAGUAAGAUCCUCGGAAGAACUGGGUACCAUGUCUUAAAAUAACUUACGAGGGAUUACCUUGGGUAGAGGGCCUAU